GUGCGUUGCCCUUACGUCUCUCUUCCCCUUUCAUUCACUCUCUCACUCUUUCUCUUUCUAUCUCUGUGUGUAUGUGUAUGCUACCACAGUAGACUUUUGCUGACGACCAUUACAAUAUUUUUCCUGGCUUUCUCGUGGCGGUUCUACGAUAAUGCCAAAUUAACAUGAUCACGUUUCAUAAAUAUGAAUUAUAGGAUAGAACCGCAGUGACAGUGAGGAUUACCAAGACAAAUUUCCAUGUGUGCUUAAUGAAUGACAUAUACGUGGUGUGUGCGGGACUGUUGGUGAGACUUAAAAAUUUGUGUUCUUUUACUUCAUAAGAAAACUUUAGUGAAAUAACUGUCGAAAAGAUAGAGUUAUAAUCGAGGAAAGAAGAUUCACGUAGUGUCGUAGAAUGACUGAUCCAAAAAUCGAAAUGCAUUAUACGCCACCGAGCUCGGACACCAUUCAAACAAAACCCUUUCCCAUUCGAGGUGAACGAGCAAACUUCGUAAAUAAGCCCCAUGUGAUCGCGAUGGUUGGGCUGCCAGCUCGCGGCAAGACUUACAUAUCCAAGAAAUUGUGCAGAUACCUGAAUUGGAUCGGUAUAAAUACGAAGGUGUUCAAUCUCGGAGAGUACAGGCGGCAUGCAACUACCGCGUAUCAAUGCCAUGAGUUUUUCCGUCCUGAUAACAUAAAAGCGAUGGCGAUACGUACCCAGUGUGCAAUGGAUGCUCUUAAGGAUGUUUGUCAAUGGUUGGAGAGCGGUGACGGUGAGGUAGCCGUAUUUGACGCGACCAAUUCCACGAUAGAGAGGCGUCAACUAAUCAGGAAUAUCGUUGUCGAGAAAAUGGGUUUCAAGCUAUUCUUCGUCGAGUCCGUCUGCAACGACCCGGAGAUCGUUGAACAGAAUAUCAUGGAAGUGAAAGUGAGUAGUCCAGAUUAUGCGAAUAUGAACAAGGAAGAAGUGUUGGCUGACUUCAUGUUAAGAAUCGAACACUAUCAAGAGAAGUACCAGCCGCUGGACGAGAAUCAGGAAAGCGAUCUCUCCUUUAUGAAGAUCUACAACACAGGGGAGAAAGUACUGGUCCACAAACACGAGGGUCACAUACAAAGUAGGAUAGUUUAUUACCUUAUGAACAUCCACAUAGUGCCACGUACGAUCUAUUUGACUAGGCACGGCGAAAGCGUGAUGAACCUCGAAGGUAAGAUCGGCGGGGACUCGGAGUUGAGCGAAAGAGGCUGGGAAUACGCCAAAGCAUUGGCUACUUAUAUCACUAACCAGGAUAUACAGGGUUUGAGAGUGUGGACCAGCUGGCUGAAGAGGACCAUACAGACGGCGAACGACGUAAACGUACCUCAGGAAAGGUGGAAAGCGCUAAAUGAGAUCGAUGCGGGUAUCUGCGAAGAAAUGACUUAUGAAGAAAUCGCGGAGAAGUAUCCAACAGAUUUUGCUGCUAGAGAUCAAAACAAAUUCUCGUAUCGUUAUCCAAGAGGAGAGAGUUACGAAGAUUUGGUUGCGCGGUUGGAACCAGUAAUCAUGGAGUUAGAACGACAGGGUAAUGUCUUGGUGGUUACUCAUCAAGCGGUUUUGCGAUGUCUACUCGCUUACUUUUUAGAUAAAAGUGCGGAUGAAUUGCCAUAUUUACAAGUGCCGUUGCAUACUAUUAUCAAACUAACGCCGGUUGCUUAUGGUUGUAAAGUGGAACACAUAAGGUUACCUAUUGAUGCGGUGGACACACAUCGACCGAAACCAAAGAUUCCAGGAUAUCUAGAGGAACGAUUCAAAAGGAGAGGAAAAUUUCUUCGCACGUGAUAACAACGACGUUUAUAGCACGGCAGAGCUAAUUGUUACGAUUGUUACGAGGUGCUGAAGACGCAUUCUUUUGGCAGCUGGCUGCCUUUGCGCAUCCAUUUACUUCCUAUUUUAAACAAUUUAGACGAAAUAUACCUAACAGCAUCUAAAGCUGUACCUUGUACAAGUUACGUGAUCGACAAAUUUUUUUCUGUUUUUAAAAAAUUACACAUUCAACAAAUGUUAAAACGUUUUAUUCUGACUCUUACAUCAUCGAGUUCACCUUUGGAGGAACCCAAGGAUAUUGUAUGCGAUUUCAUUUUCAGAAAAGUAUCCGGUGGAUAAUCUAGACUGCGUGUAACCACUUGCGUACAUACAUACAUACAUACAUGUAUACAUUAGUGUCGAAUCUAUCUUGAUGAUCGUAUUCGAAUUAGCGAAAAUAAAAAAAUAAAACGAAUGCAGUUGCUUCAAAGUUUACAUUCUACUGGUAAAUUUGUAAAAUAUUUUACACUGUUCAAAUCGUGAUCAAUCGCCGCAGAUACCUCUUAAGAACAUAGUGGUUAUAUAAUAAUGUUUUAACUGUUGUAAAACAGACAUGCUUUAUUCAUAUUAUAUGUUUUGGCAAUUGUCAACUUACCGAGCUGUGUAUAUUGAUCAGGAAAUAAUUAAGAACCGUUAAUACAUUAUAUAGGGCUAGCGUCCUACACAAGAAUCAUAUUUAAAAGAAGGUUUAUUGCCUUAUACAAUAAUCUAGUUGCCUGUUGGAGGGAAUAGGUUCCAGAAUAUUUUUGUCAAAGUGAUUACACAGUGCAAAUCAUCGACAACUUUUUAAAGCAUAAUUUAUUUCAACAGAAGUGUACAUAUUUUUUUAAUGUCUUUCACGACAGAAAAAAUAAAUAUACUUGAUAAACAAUA